AACGAGAAGACCGGUCGCAUCCAAAACGCCCCGUAUGUGGACAACAGCUACAAGUGGGCCGGCGGUGGCCUACUGUCCAACGUUGAGGAUCUGCUGAAGUUCGGCAAUAUUAUGCUCUAUAGUUUUAAAGGCGGCGCUCCCGACGGCAAACCCGGUCUCAUCAACAAAGACAUUGUCGAUAUGAUGUGGACUCCGGCGGAAAAUACUUUGGGAAAGUUCGGCGCAGGUUAUGGUCUCGGAUGGGGUACACUGAGGGACGGCAAGUGUGAGUACGCGUUCUGUGCUGAGCCAAUGUUCCCCACUUUGAUCUCUCACACGGGCGGUGCGAUCGGCGCCUCAUCUAUACUUAUGAUUGAACCCAACAGUGAACUUAUUGUCGCAGUUAUAGUGAACACAACCGGUGUGUCCGGUUUGGGAGAGACGGCCACUUAUAUCGCGCAUCAAUUCACUCGUCAUAAUAAUUGGACACAAAAGUUAUCGCAAAUAUUGUCUGAAUCAAUAAACACACGACUUGAUUGGGAUAGACGUUGGGGCGGAUAUGGUUUGGGUUGGGGUGUCAUCCGAGACGUGACGGCUAAGAAUGCUUUCUGUGCGGAACCGUUGGCCCCAAACAUGUUCUCACACGUCGGCGCCGCCGUCGGCUCCUCAUCUGUGAUACUGAUUGAGCCGAACAGCGAACUAAUCGUUACUAUAAUCACUAAUUUACAAAAUGUUAACACUAUUUACAACAUCGCUGUGGAUAUCGCUCAACAAUUCACUCAAAAACAAAUAUCAAUACAAUAAUUGUGGCCAACCUUUUCAUCAUUAAUUCAACGCCAGUCAAUGAAUCUAAUCUAGUUAUAAAUUCCUAUUUUUACUGUUAACUAUGCUAUGGUCUCAAAAAGUGCUC